GUGCCAUGAACCAGCCCGGGCCCGGGGCUCCCCCACCGCCCCGUCGCGUGCGGCUGAAGCCCUGGCUGGUGGCCCAGGUGAACAGCUGCCAGUACCCAGGACUUCAGUGGGUCAACGGGGAUAAGAAAUUCUUCUACAUCCCCUGGCGGCAUGCCACAAGGCAUGGCACCAGCCAGGAAGGAGACAACACCAUCUUCAAGGCCUGGGCCAAGGAGACGGGGAAGUACACGGAAGGGGUGGACGAGGCGGAUCCGGCCAAGUGGAAGGCCAACCUGCGCUGCGCCCUUAACAAGAGCCGCGACUUCCGCCUCAUCUACGACGGGCCCCGGGACAUGCCGCCUCAGCCGUACAAGAUCUACGAGGUCUGCUCCAAUGGCCCUGCUCCCACAGAGUCCCAGCCCACUGAGGAUUACACUUUUGGUGCAGGAGAGGAGGAGGAGGAGGAGGAAGAGCUCCAGAGGAUGUUACCAGGCCUGAGCCUCACAGAAGCAGUGCAGCCUGGCCCCUCCAUGACACCCUAUUCUUUACCUAAAGAGGAUGUCAAGUGGCCAACUGUCCAGCCACCUGUAGUGCUGGGUCUCCCUGCUCCAGACCCCAGCCUCUUGGCCCCUCCCCCUGGCGACCCUGUGGCCUUCAGGGAGCUUCUCUCUGAGGUCCUGCCAAGUCUGGAGCCUGGGCCCUUGGCUCCCAGCCUGCCCCCUGCUGGCGAGCAACUCCUGCCCAACCUGCUGAUCAGCCCCCACAUGCUGCCGCUGACUGACCUGGAGAUCAAAUUCCAGUACCGGGGGCGGCCACCCCGUUCCCUCACCAUCAGCAACCCACACGGCUGCCGGCUCUUCUACAGCCAGCUGGAGGCCACCCAGGAGCAAGUGGAGCUCUUCGGCCCCGUGAGCCUGGAGCAAGUGCGGUUCCCCAGCCCUGAGGACAUCCCCAGCGACAAGCAGCGCUUCUAUACCAACCAGCUUCUGGAUGUCCUGGAUCGUGGGCUUAUUCUCCAGCUACAGGGCCAGGACCUGUAUGCUAUCCGCCUGUGUCAGUGCAAGGUGUUCUGGAGUGGGCCCUGUGCCUCAGUCCACAGCUCACAUCCCAACCCCAUUCAGCGGGAGGUCAAGACCAAGCUCUUCAGCCUGGAGCAUUUUCUCAAUGAGCUCAUCCUGUUCCAGAAGGGCCAGAUCAAUGCCCCACCACCCUUCGAGAUCUUCUUCUGCUUCGGGGAAGAGUGGCCUGACCGGAAACCCCGAGAGAAGAAGCUCAUUACUGUACAGGUGGUGCCUGUAGCAGCUCGUUUGCUGCUGGAGAUGUUCUCAGGGGAGCUUUCUUGGUCUGCUGAUAGUAUCCGGCUACAGAUCUCAAACCCAGACCUCAAAGACCGCAUGGUGGAGCAGUUCAAGGAGCUCCAUCACAUCUGGCAGUCCCAGCAGCGGCUGCAGCCUGUGGCCCAAGCCCCUCCUGUGGCAGGCCUUGGUGCAGCCCAGGAGCCCUGGCCCAUGCACCCAGUUGGCAUGCAAUGACAAGGCUGCAGAUAGCGGCUGGCCCAUGCCUCCUGGGUGGCUGCGUGGACUAAAGGGAGGUGUGACAGCCCAGUGAGCACGUGCUGGCUGCAGGGUCUUACCUCUGGAUUUCCAGGAUGUGCAUCUGGGCCAUGAAGGAAAGAGAGGCCUGAGGCCCUUUGCAGUUUCUCCCUGCAAAGCUUUGCUUUGAGGGCUCUGUUUUCCUGGGCUUGCCUCUCCUGUGCUUGCUCUGGAGAAAUUCAGCCAGAAGUUCCAGUGAGCAGGGAAAGAGCUCGCCCAACCCUGGGCCUAGUGGUAUAGGAGGAAUUGCCCCAGGGUAGCCCACUCUUGUGGUUGCCCCAUCUCCUCUGGCAAAAAGACCCAAGAAUUAUUGUGGGCCAGGACCCCCAGCAGGGCCUCUGCAGGGCAUGGACCUGAUUUUGGGGUUCCCUAGUUUGAGCCUUGCUUCCUCAUCUUUCCCCCGUGAGAUCAACAUGAACACUUAAGUACUGCACCAGAUACAACUGGCAGCUACCCCUCUUCUUGGGUAUCCAAGAACUUGGCGUAGAAAGUAGAAUUUUAUGUAUUUUUGGAUUAAUAAAUGUUAAAAACAGA